AUGUUUUCCACAGUGUCCCUAGUACGGUCUUCCAGUCUGGCCUUGAAAGCGACUGCUUUCUCUUUUUCCCUGGGCUACACCGUUCAAUCCCGACACCAGUCUUCUACCAGCAAGUUUAUUCUACGUGAACCUCCCUCCUCUGCUUCUCGAGUUGCACCUACGCCUCUAGUAUUUGUCUCUUCCUCAUCCUGGGAUCGUAAUUCAGACAAGGGUAUGAUGGCAAUGUCAUCUAUGUUCGCCGAACGCGGUUUCACGACCAUGGAAAUCGAUCUCUCGUAUCCUCCACAGGAUUCUCAGGCCUCCCACACAUCAGAAGGGAUAAUGAAACACUUUGAAGACGAACUACGAGCGCAAUUACGUUUCGCAUCGGCCUCUCCAGGCCCAUUCCCUCCCAUCAUCUUCUCUCGCUCCGCAGGUGCCCUCAUCUCACAGACAUAUAUAUCAUCCAACCCAGCCUCCGGUCUCGUCCUGAUCUCACCGCCGCCCACGAACGCAUCCUUACAACCGCGGUCUGAUUCUCUCGACCUCGAGAACGCGCGCCUCCCGACACCAUUAAACGAGUUUGACUACGAACCGAAAUUUCCGCUGGCUGUUGUUGGCACACAGGACGAGAUUGAGACUUUUAGGAAGGAAAGCAGGCUAGGCCGAGCUGUCGGGAGAAGAGGAAGUGUUGAUUUACUUGAGGUACGAGAUGGGAACGUGGAAGGACAGGAAGCUAUGGUGAAGAUUGAACAAUGGCUGGACGAAAUUGGAGUUUAA